AUGGGCCCAAGUGAAACACACUCUCUCAAGCUCUGUGACGAUUGCCUAAAUGUUCUGACAAAGGUGGAGGAAUUGGAAUCGGGAAAAAGUCCCUCUGUGAUCCGAUCUGAAUCACGACCCGAUCCUACUCCCUCCAAAUCUUACGAAUGCUAUAAGAGCGAGAAGGAGUUUCGAGAGUCCGACUACUAUAAACAUAUCUUGCCAGAAGAUGAUUCGCUCGAUCACAAGUCAAGCCGUGCGGACUUAUUGGAAUCCGCCAAUUCAGGGUGCCAUCUCUGCCGCUGGCUACUUAAUUCUCUAGACUCUCGUGCCAAAGAGUCAUAUUCACAUACGCAAACACGAUAUCGAAGACGGCCUGGGAUCCUGCGCAAAGACCCUAUGAAGAGCCCAUUGGGACUGAGAUGCGCGGGCCACUAUUAUUUCUCAAUCAGGUGUGCGCCUGACCCUCGAGAUUGGCCUGUGAGUGUACAAAGGGCAGGCAUCGAUCAACAUCGACACGCUUACCAGGAAUAUGUGGGCGACGAGAGGGCUUCACUUAUCAUUGAUUCUCUCAACGGCUUAUCGAAAAGGCUUUUGAACCCCAUUAAUGCGACGGCAAAACUAGACGACUAUACGCCGGGUGCUUCGACAUGGUCACUGUUUAAGUAUUGGAUAGAGAAUUGUGUAUCCGAUCAUCCAGAAUGCAAGCGACAAACUUUCCCAGAUACUGCCACCGUUCUUCCCACUCGAUUGUUAGACCUCCAAGACCCAGGUGAGAUUCGCCUGGUCGAAUCCAAAUCCCUACCAACAUCGAAUGUUCCUGUCUACGCUGCUUUGUCACACUCUUGGGGCACGACUCAUGAGCCUCAUCUCGAUAAAGAAACAUUGGAUUCGUUCAUAGAGGGCUACCCCGUCUCGGCUCUACCGCAAACAUUCAAAGAUGCCGUCACCAUGGCCCGGAGACUUGAGAUUCCUUACUUGUGGAUUGAUUCCUUGUGCAUUCGACAAGAUUCAACCGAGGACUGGUUGCAUGAGUCGUCGGCGAUGGGUGCAAUCUAUCGAAAUUCACACCUCUGCAUUGCCGCGACCAUCAGCAAAGACAACGCCAGUGGCUUCCUGGAGAAGCGCGACUUAACUCACAAGCGGCCCUUCAUCUACCACGACCUAGUUGUUCAGGAGGACGUCGCCAUGAGCAACGACAAUUUCAACAUGCGGCAAAUAACGUGGUGUGACAGAAUACGUACCCUCAUCGAGUGGGGAGUCGAUCGAGCCCCGUUGAAUCAACGCGCAUGGGUGUUUCAAGAAAGGAUGCUCGCCCCCCGGAUCAUCCACUGCACCUCCGAUGAGUUUAUUUGGGAAUGCUGUCGAGGCAUGCUGUCUGAGAGCCACCCUCUGUUGACCAACGGAGGAAGUGUUGCCAAAGAUGCGUGGAAGCAUCUUUUGCGCGCUCCAGAGUCGCUCAGGGAUCCGUUGUCCAAGGAACAGCAUCUCAAAGAGCGAAAAGCAUUUCUCCAACGAUGGAGCGAGCUUGUCGCCACAUACUCAAGUGCAAAGCUUACGCGUUUCGACGACAAACUUGUCGCUUGUUCUGCCAUUGCAAAAGAAUUUCAACCACUCCUCGGUGACUAUGUUGCCGGUUUAUGGAAAGCAUAUCUGCCCAGCCAGCUACUAUGGUCUCAUCACACAUUCUGUGGCGUGCAUCUUGGGGAGAAACAUAGCAUGCGGUCUCGAAACGGCCCUUCAUGGUCCUGGGCUUCGCUCGACUGCCGAGUGAAACUGCCUUAUUAUUACGAUGCAUCGCACGACCCGAAUUUUGAUACCAAGGAGGAUCGCCGAAUGGAAGAGCCCAUUAACCUGAGCAACUCCUCACUAGUUGAUGUCCUCGAUGUCAACGUCUCACUUCGCGGGGAAGAUUCAACCGGUCCGGUCAACGGUGGAAGUAUCCGUUUGGGUCGCUGCCAGAUGUACCCCAUCUAUCGAAGUGCAGCAUUCGGGUGCCGACUAGAAACCGAAGCGCCGGAUGCAUUUGAACAGGUGCAGCCGGUGAGAUGGUAUUGGGAUGAUCGGGACGACCCAGAAGUGGCUGAUUAUGAUCCAAUCAUGAAAGAUGCUUUCAAACCCGAAUCAGAAAACCCGGAGGAAGAAAAUAUCAUGAGGUACGGCAGCCCGCAACGCUUCCUCCUGAUUCACAAGAAAAGGCUUGCGCACCACAGUCCAAGAUUAACUCAGAUGUGUUGUGUGCCAAUUGCCAUCAUUAGCACACGCGGUAUGGCGAAUUGGUAUAAAAGGGGUACUGUCGCUGGGUUGAUCGUCCAAUUCACUGGUGGGGCUAUUGGACAGUAUCGACGAGUUGGUUACUUUUGCUGUGGGAAGGAUUAUCUCGAGAAGGUCUCUCGAGUGGCACCGGAAGUGGCCUUCACGCCUCCGACCGAAUGGCCAUCUGCUGAGAAAUAUAGCCUUGAAGGUGGAUACACGAUAUGUAUUGUAUAA